UCUUCAAAAAUAAUGUUGUCAAUAUUCACCAAACAAUAUAAUUAAACAACAUAAUGACAUUCCAAUUUUGUCAUUUUCAUUAUCAAAAUCAAUUAAUAAUCAUGCGUUACGUUUCUUUACUAGAACCUUCUCUUUCCCUACACAGACACAGACACAGUGUGUUGUCAAUUUUAUCCUUCCACAUGAUCCUCACAAACUUUGUUUUGAAACCUAAAGUUGCCAGCCAUUAUUCUAUUAUAUAUAGAAAACAAGUAUAUUAGACCAAUAACAUAGUUUCAAGGUAUACCAAAAGAGCAUCUGAAAAUGGGUGUUUUAGAUGGUUAUCUUCCGGUAAUGGUUAUGAUAGGGUUACAGUUUCAUUAUGCACUGCUUGCCAUGUUUACAAGAGCUGCUCUAUUAGAUGGAUUGACUCCAACCGUUUUUGUAGUGUAUAGACAAGGCAUAGCCACUUUCUCAUUGGCACCUAUCAUCUUUUCAUCUAUUAAGAGACAAUCUUUGAAGACUUCACUAGGAUGGAAGAGUUUCUCUUUGAUGUUUAUGACCUCUCUUAUUGGGGUUACAGCAAAUCAGAAUGCAUAUUUUAGUGGAUUAUUCUAUGCAUCUUCUACCGCAGCUACUGCUAUGAGUAAUUUGAUACCUGCAUUAACUUUUGUAUUUGCAGCAAUUUUGGGAUAUGAGAAAAUCAAUCUUCGAAGUUUACGAAACGUGGCCAAGAUAUUAGGGACAGUUUGUUGUGUCAGUGGAGCCUUAACCAUGGCGUUUCUCAAAGGACAUAAAUUGUUACACAUGGAGUUCUUUCUUCCUGAUUCAAAACAUGUCACUGCUAGUGAAGAUGAUAAUUGGAUUCUGGGUUGUUUGUUGCUCUUAGCAAGUAGUGUUUUUUGGUCAUGUUGGAUGAUUAUGCAGGUUCCGAUUUCUUCGUCGUGUCCGGAUCAUGUAUUGUCGACGUUUUGGAUGUGUCUUUUCGCUACGAUACAGUCUGCUAUGUUUGCACUGCUGAAAGAGCCAGAUCUUCAAGCAUGGAUUUUACCUUCACCUUUACAAAUUUCAUGCAGUUUAUAUGCAGGAAUUGGAAUUGCUGUUAGCUUCUUCAUUCAAUCAUGGUGCAUAUCAGAAAGAGGUCCAUUGUAUUGUGCAAUGUUCAACCCUCUAGCAACUGUUAUCACAGCUUUGGUAGCUGCUACGUUCCUAGAAGAAAAGCUAUACGUUGGAAGUUUGGUAGGGGCUAUUGGGGUGACCGUUGGUUUGUAUAUUGUCUUAUGGGGUAAAGCCAAAGACUUUGAUGGGACUAAACAAGAGCUGCCACAAUCAAACAUGGUGGAUGAUGAAAGAAGUAAUAGAACAGAUUUGGAAGAACCACUUCUUGCAGAGAAAUCGGAAUAUGUAGCAGAGAUAAAAAUGGAGGGCUAAUGAUUGAACUAAGGAGGAUAGUUUUGGUGAAAUUUAAUGACUCUCAAUUUGAAGGAGUGCUGCCUAGAUUGUGUUUGGUUCUGCCUAGAGUUGAACAUAAAUUAAUGCAAAAGUCAUUCUUAUGA